GGAUGACGUUUGGGGAAGGAGAAGCGCCCUGCCUGCUCGUGUCGCGCGAGUUCGUUGGGGCGAACAUACGCACUCACAGACGCGCUCGCUGCCGCUUGUCGCCGUCGACGCUUCUGCUCUUGCUCAUUAGCUGCUAUUCGCUGAGGUAGGAAGUUUGGGGGACCUUGAUGGGUCCUUUUACGUCAGCUGUUGAUACGAAAAUGUCUUUGAUGACUUCCUCAGAUGCAUCCCUCAAGAAAAUGCAGAACUCAAAGAUGGGCAGAGGAAAUUUUUUUGCAUCAGCCAGUGUGGAGGAUGAAAAACCAUUCGACUUUUUGCGUAUUCUAUUUGAGGGUGUUGUAGCAGGAGGUGCAGCUGGGGUUGUUGUUGAAACUACUUUAUACCCAAUUGAUACAAUAAAGACACGAUUGCAGGCAGCUCGUGGGGGUGGGAAAAUAAUUUUGAAGGGCCUUUAUUCUGGUCUGGCUGGAAAUCUUGCUGGUGUCUUACCGGCUUCUGCCACAUUUGUUGGUGUUUAUGAACCUACAAAACAAAAAUUGUUGAAGAUCUUUCCUGAAAAUCUUAGUGCCGUUGCUCAUUUGACUGCAGGUGCUGUAGGAGGGGUUGCUGCUUCUCUUAUUCGUGUUCCAACAGAGGUUGUUAAGCAAAGGAUGCAGACGGGACAAUUUGCUUCAGCUCCUGAUGCUGUUCGUAUUAUAAUUUCCAAAGAGGGUUUCAAAGGUCUCUAUGCGGGAUAUGGAUCUUUUUUAUUGCGGGACUUGCCGUUUGAUGCGAUUCAAUUUUGCAUUUACGAGCAGCUUCGGAUAGGUUAUAAGCUGGCAGCACAGAGAGACCUGAAUGAUCCUGAGAAUGCUGUCAUUGGUGCUUUUGCUGGUGCCCUCACUGGAGCUGUGACAACGCCCCUUGAUGUGAUUAAGACAAGGUUAAUGAUCCAGGGAUCGGCAAGCCAGUACAAAGGAAUCUUUGAUUGUGUUCAAACUGUUGUUAGGGAAGAAGGACCUUCUGCUCUUUUAAAGGGCAUUGGACCGAGAGUGCUGUGGAUAGGCAUUGGUGGUUCAAUAUUCUUUGGCGUUCUUGAGAGAACAAAACGGUUCCUUGCACAGAGGCGGCCUAAGCUUCAUCAAUGCUCAGACAACUCAAAACAGGAUUAAAAUUUAGUUAUAUGUUGGGGUUUAUUUUGUCCCUAAAUUUAUGAGUCAGUUCUUUGUUCCUUGUAAAACCAUUUCCCUAGCCUCUCAGUGAUAUUAGAUGUCAUGGAUGCUGUAAAAUGUAUUUGUUCUUCAUUUGUUUUUAACGGAAGUCAAGAUAGGGCAGAUGAGCUUUUCAUCAACAUUGCGUGUAUUUUUAAUGAGGAGAACGAUGGUAGUAGUGAUUAGAGCAUUCUGUAAGUAAUGAGGUCAUGUUUCGUUCUGUUCGAGCAAUCUUCACAUCUCCUGAAAUAUCAAGAAUGGGUUUACUAAA